AUGUCAUUUGAAAGAUUAAAUAUUGUAUUAAAAGAAAUUUCAUCAUCAAAUUCAUAUUUAUCUAUUGAAAAUUUAAUUGAAGAAUAUUUUUUUAAUAAAAAUCUUCAUUUAACAUCAAUUGAACAAGAAAAAUUCGUUCGUUUAUGUUUAAGAAAAUUAUCCGAUUGGUUUAAUCAAACACCUGAACAAAUAAAACAAAUUAAAAUACAUUUUCAUAAAUAUUUUAUUCAAACACCAUUUCUAUUAAAACAAAAACAAUUAAUUGAUUUAUUAUUAAAUCAAUUAAAAAUUUCAUUUAAUGAUUUUUUUAGUUUUUUAUUAAUUGAUUUAUAUGAAAAAAAUUAUCAAAAAUUAUUAUAUGAACUUGAAAAUGAUUUAGAUAUUGGAUUUAUUAUUCAUUUACCUGAUCGAAUUAGUAAUAUUUUUAUGACAAAUAUUCCAAUAUGUUUUCAAUCGAAAAAUUUUUUUCAUCGUUUAAGUCAAUAUAUACAACAACAAUUAAUUACUAUACAUUAUCCAAAUAUGAUAGCACAAGUUGAUACAAAUGUCAAUUUUCUUUCUCAACUUGUUCAUCGAGCUGCAAAAUUAGGUUAUACUGAAUAUAUUUGGCGUCCAUUAUAUAAAAAUUUGUUUGUUAAAAAAUGUCUAAAUGAUUCUCUAUGGUUACGACUUGCUCAAUAUUUUCUAUUAGAACCAAUCGAUGAUAUACUUUUAUAUACAAUUGAACAUGGUAAUGCAAAUAUACUUGAUUUAUUUCUUAGUGAUCGUAUUAUUCAUUUACCAUUAUUAGAAACAUAUUUAAUUGAUAGAUUAAUUUUUUCUAAACAAUUAUCAAUUGAUACUUUACGAACAAUACUUAUUUAUUUAACAAUGUCAAUUAAUCGUUUAGAAAAAUGUUUUGAAAAUGUUUUUAAACGUUAUUUACAAUUAUGGUCACAAGAAAAUUUUAUUCGAUUUUCUUCAAAUAAUCAACAUUUAUAUAUAUGUCAAUCUAUAGCUAUUUGUUUAUCAUUUAAUAAACAAAUUAGAUUGAAUAAUGAUAAAGAUACAAUUAUAAUCUGUGUUUUAAAUGGUAUUCGUAUACAUCUUGAAUCAACAUUUGAUUAUAUUAGACGACGUGGACAAGUUAUUGCCGAAUUAAUUAUUCAACAUAGUCAAUUAUUUUCACAAUCAAAUCAACUUCAAUUUGAUACAUAUGAUAAAAAUCAUCCGGAAGUACAAAUGUUAAAAAAUUUAGCUCAAAUUAAUCAAACAUUAAAUGAUAGACAAUUAUCUGAUGAUGAACAUCAAGAAAUUAUAGUGAAAAAAGAACCCGUUGUAUCUAUAAGUGAAAAAACAACAUCUUCAACGAAUGCAAUUAUUCUUCAUGAUGCAUCGAUUGAUGAUGAUGAUGAUGAUGUUGAUAGUGAAUUUGAAUCUUAUGAUUAUUCUCAUGAUAGAGUUAAAUCUGAUGUUGAAAAACCUGCAUAUAUUCGAACAUGUCUUGCUAAUUUAAUAGCAACAGAUAAAAUUCCUCAAUUAGAAUCCGCUUUAAAUAUGUUACCAUCAUUAAUUGAAAUGUAUAAAAUUGAAUGUGAAGAAGUUGCUUUAGAAUUAGUUCGAAUAUUAUUAAAUUAUAAUAGUACAUUUGAUAUUGAAAAUUUUCAAGAAUUACAAUUAAAUGGUUUAAUAACAUUAUGUCAAAAUUAUCCAUUAUUAAUAAGUGAUUAUUUAUGUAAACAAUUUUAUGAAAAAAAUUAUACAUUAAAUCAACGAAGUCUUAUACUUAAAAUAAUUCAAGAAACAGCAAAAAAAUUAUCACAAAUUGAUCAUAUUCAAACUAAAAUUCAAAAUGAAUUAUUUAUUUCAGAUGAAGAUGAAGAUGAAGAUGAUGAUAAUAAUAAUAAUGAUAAUGAUUCAUGGCGUUCAAUUAUAAAUAAACGUUUAAAAUUAAAAACAAAAUAUAAAAUAAAAAAUCAUUCAGAAAAAAAAAUUUUCUUUAAAGAAAAUUAUUUUGGAAAUAUAGUUGGACAUUUUUUUUAUCCAUUAAUUUCAUUUAUUGAUAAAUCAACACCACAUUUAUCAUUAAUUGAUGGUGAUAAUGAUUAUUUAUUAUUAUGUGAACUUUUAGCUUGUUUAGGUCGUUUAUGUAUUCAUGCACAAAAUACUUUAUCAUUAAAUAAUAUGAUUAAACAAUUAUUAGAUAUAUUAAAAACAUUACAACAACAUAAAGAUCCUGGUGUUAGACAUGCUGUUAUUUAUGCAUAUGCAUGUUCUCUUGUUUCAAUUGGAAAAAAUUCUUAUCAUCAAGAUUUACAAUCUUAUUUUAUUGAAUUAAAACAAUGGUUAGAUUUUAUUAUUAUUCAUGAUACAAAUACUGAAGUACAAAAAUUAGGACGAUCAGUUAGACAAAUUUUAUUAAAAACUUUACAAGAAAUAACAGACAAUUAA